UGUGUUUUCUGGCCAGUCUGCCCCUCAGGAAAGGCCACGGACCCAGCUGGAACCUGCUGCCUGCCCCUGGGGGAGGGGUGUUUGUCUGUUGCCAGGCACCCAGGUUCCACCCGGGGACUUGGCACAGCCAUGCUGCCCACACCGUUCAUCCUGCUACUGCUGCCCCUGCUGGCGAUGCCAGCCCCCUCCCAUGCCUGGUCACGGCCCCUGUGGUACCAGGUGGGGCUGGACCUACAGCCCUGGGGGUGUCAUCCGAACACCUUGGAAGGCUGUGGGGGCAGUCUGGGCUGUCCUGGCCACUGGAUGGGCCUGGGGAUGAACCGCAUCUAUCCUGUGGCUGGGGUCACACUCACCACCACCAUGAUGCUGAUGGUCAGCCGUGCGGUGCUACAGCGGUGGCGCUCCCAGGGCACUAAGUCUGAGCACCCGCAGGUGACCACUAGCCCCUCCGGACCCUGGAAACGGCGGAAUCCGAUCUCAGACCGCGCCCUGCUCAUUGGGGUCCUGCACAUGCUGGAUGCCCUCCUGGUCCAUAUUGACUGCCACCUGCGGCAUAUAACCACCAAACAGAAAACCCCAAUAAAGGGGUCUCCCACCCAGAGUGGGUGACCCAACAUAUGCC